GCGUUGAACAAGGCUGGAUAGGCGGAUUUGCUCAGCACACUAACUACGCAAUGUAUUAGCACAACCAUGAAUACUUAGGUUUCCGGUUGCCUCCAGGGCUGCGAGGGCUGCUUGAACGAAACUAGAAAUCAGCGCCAGUGGGCGCAGAGGAGCCAUGAAUCCCCUAACACAGAUUAAAAACAUCCAGAAGGCCACCAAGCGGGAAAUAGAAACGGGCACGCAGGAUUCCGCAUCAUGGCACGCCAAGUAUAAGCACAGCGCAUACAUUUUUGCCGGAGGCCUUGACUACGACUUGACCGAGGGCGACCUGCUCGCCGUGUUUGCUCAGUUUGGCGAGGUGGUGGACCUUAACUUGAUUCGGGAUAAGGACUCGGGGAAAUCCAAGGGGUUCGCGUUUGUGGCAUACGAGGACCAACGCAGCACAGUGCUGGCGACAGACAACUUCAACGGCGCCAAGGUGGCGGGCCGCACCAUCCGUGUGGAGCACGUGGACAACUACAAGAAGCGAAAGGCAGAGCUGGAAGGCGAGGACCCGAAUGCCGUGGAAGAUGACGAGGAGGGCGCGCGGCCUGAGGAGGCGGAGGAGGGGGGGCGGCGCAGGGAGGAGGCUGCAGGCGGCCGGGACGCGCAAGCGGGCCGCUCAAACAACGGUCCAGGCCGCGGGCGCAGCCCGCCACCCGCCUCGGGCGGCCGCGGUGCCGCGCCCGCCGACGCGCCGUGGAUGGGCUCUGGCUCUAUCUUCGCGCUGCUGGAGGAGGCGCGGCAGCUGGAGCAGAGCAAGAAGGGGACAAAAGGAGUGGAGCCCAAGAUUAAGGAGGAGCCCGGGGUCAGCGGACGCGGCACCGCGCCGCCAGGUCCCAUGGGGCCACCGCGGCCACCCAAAGAUCGCGAGCGGGAGCGCGACGGAGAUGGCGGGCGGGAGCGGGCGCGUAGCGGCUCCGCAGGGCCAUCGUUUGGCCCGCCGCGGCCGCCUCCUCGUGGCGGCGGCGGCGGCGAUGAAGGGCCUGGGCCCUCCAACGGCAGGGGUGGUGCAGACCACCGACGGAGGCAUGAACGGGACGGGAGAGACAGCCGUGAGCUCGACCGCGAUCGGGACCGGGAGCGUGCAGGCGGUGACGGGUACGGCCGUGGCGAGCGGCCAGAUGACCGACGACGUGGCGGCAGCAGCGGUGCCGGUGCCGACAGGUCUCGCUCGAGGUCGCCACGGCGUGACCGGGAUCGCGACCGGGGGCGAGUGGACGACGGCGGCCGGGGUAGCCGGGACCGGGACUGGGACCGCGGCAGGGACCGGAGCCGCAGCCGGGAGCGGGAGCGGGGGAAAGAUCGCCGGUGAUGGCCGCCGGGAUGGCUGGGGUGUGCUGAUAAACCUCUGCUGGUGGCAGGAAUGGCUGGCUGCGGGCCUGCUGGGCAUGGCGGCUGGAUCACGCUGAUGAGGAUGGUUGACAUGGCACCUGGGCUGAUGGCGUGGCAAUGAGCGCAUAUAACGUAGGCCAUUGGGACAUCGACAGACGGUGUAACGCCACGGGAGG